AUGACAUCUCAGUACGGGUAUGGCGGGACAGGAGGAUAUGGAUAUGCGCCAGCCUCGUCCGAGCGCGGUGUCAGGCGCAAGAAGCUGGCUGCCAUGGCGGGAAGUGUGUACCGCGCCGGCGUGGCAGCCGCGUCGGAGCUGAAGGAGCAGUACAACAACACUAGGAUACGAGGUGUCGAUAAUCUGGACACACAAAUAUCGAUCCCGGGGUCCUUCCCCCACGUCUCCAUCGUUACAAAAGGCGAGGAGCAGAUGGUGCUCUUUCCGUCAUACGCAAAGAGACACAUCAAGGAGCACGGGAGACAGCAUCGACCGUCGGACCCCUCGAGGUCGCUCCCGGCCGCCCAGAUGGGCAUGAGCGACGAAGACUAUUGGCGGCACGAAUGGGCGCGGCUGGAGGACGAAAAGGCUGUCGUCGACGUCGACAUUCGGGGCUGGAUAUACAACCCAAGCAAGGGGCCCAUGACGCGCCGCAAUCGCAUGCUGAUCGGCCUUGCGCGGAGAUUAAGCGGUAUCCCCGCCCCGACGACGCAAGCAGAGCUGUCGCCAGUGACGUCGCACGAAGAGCACGAAAGGGUCAGGGAGGAGCAGAGGAUCGCGAGGGAAGCCCGCGAGAUCGAACGUAAGGGCCAGGGGGAAGAAGAGGCCGCCACCAGAGGUGACUACAGUGAAACGCCGCGAGAUUACGAUUCUGAUUCCGAGCCGGCCAAAUCUCGGCGCUACGGCAGCGGUACACGGACCCCGGCAUCGCCGCCGUCAUCCCCGACCUUGUCGGCUAGCAGAACCACGUAUGCGACGCCGUCAGGGCUGACGGAGGCCGAGCUUGCGGUGGCCAAUGCCAAUCUCAUGGCACGUAUAGGGCCGUUCAUGACAACGCCACUGGUGCAGCAGCCCGUCACCAUAUUUUUCUACAACGACGAGGACUCACAGUCUCGGACGGUCACAACGGACGAUUCCGGGCAUUUCAGUAUCCGCGCUGCUCUCGAUUUCGUCCCAACGCAUCUGCGCGUCUUGGCAAACGAGAACAUCUCGGCCACCAAACCCAUCGAGAUCAUCGAGCCCAGGGGUGUCAGCUUGAUCAGCGACAUCGACGACACGAUCAAGCGGUCCAACAUUCACCUUGGGGCGCGAGAGAUUUUCAGAAACACGUUUAUUCGAGACUUGGCAGACUUGACCGUCGAGGGUGUCAAGGAGUGGUAUCACAAGUUACAUGGCAUGGGCGUCCAGGUGCAUUACUGCUCCAACAGCCCAUGGCAGCUGUUUCCUGUCCUCGCCACCUUCUUCGUCAUGGCCGGCUUGCCCCCGGGGUCUAUCCACUUGAAGCACUACAGCGGUAUGCUCCAGGGGAUUUUCGAGCCGGUGGCUGAAAGGAAGAAAGGGACGCUAGAGAAAAUCUUACGAGACUUUCCCGAGAGAAGAUUCCUUCUUGUCGGCGACAGCGGCGAGGCGGAUCUCGAGGUAUACACAGAUCUAGCAGUGGCCAAUCCUGGACGUAUCCUGGCCGUCUUCAUCCGCGAUGUCACGACGCCAGACCAAACCGGCUACUUUGACGCCUCGUUCAGCGGUGGUCUAGAUCAGCGCAAUGGGCGGGGAAGCGCCAGCGUCAGCAUCCGGGUGAGAUCUACGGACCGGUUCAAGGGCGUGGACGGUGGCCAAGACGAUAGACCUGACUUGCCUCCUCGUAUACUGUCAGCACCGACCGAGUCUCGUCAAUGGCCAGCCAUGGGGACACUUAUCGACCUCUCGGAUGAACCAGAACCGAUUAGCCCCAUGAAUGCUCGGAACCCUGCCAGGGCUGGGGAUAGCAACGCGGACAGGCUCAGGACAAGUAAGUCGGCGGUAGACAUGCUGUCUCGGAAGGCACCACCCCCCCGGCCUACCAAACCAGUCGCACUACGCAGUGCGCCGUCAGACGUCGGGCUUGGAAUCUCUACCGGUGCGAGGAACAGCUCGGCAGAAAGCUUUUCAAGGUCCCCGUACGCAGCAACAAACGCGUCUCCAAAUCAAGGCAGCCCUGGCUCCAACGCCCCGAGGUCAGCACUGCCUCCGCCGCCGCCGCCGCCACGCCGUCGGGGCACUCCGUCGUCCUUACGAAAUCUCAGCCCACGCCGAUUGUCGCAGCAGGGGCGGACAAACUCAAACCUAGACGUGACCGAAGGCGACCCACUGCCCGAGGCGGCGGGUAACUUUACUGCAAAUGGGCAAAACAUCAACAAGAAAUUGGACCUGUGGCGGCGUCGGCUAGCUAGGGCCCACGAGACGCUCGACGGCCUCGGCGUGGCGCUGUAUACGUGGCGGCGCGGAGAGGAUGUCAUUGCCGAGGCGGAGGGCCUUGUCAAGGAUGCCCUGAGAGACAUGGAGCGGGGCGGGUAG